UGUGAAAUCUCCGCCCACUGGAGGCAGAGUCUUUCAAUAAAUGACAGGUGAAUGAGCCAGUAAUGGCGCUCCCGGUUUCUCCGCUCCUCCGAGCGGACUGACAGCUGACAAGACCAAUCAGUAGGUGCUGCGGUCGCCAUAGUUACGGGCGGGGAGGAUAUCCGUUGCUAGGGGCGGAAGCUGGUGGCAGUGCAGAUACCGGAGUGAAGCGGCGGCAGGAUGAUGCACUGCGGGAGCAGAUAAAGCGGCUGUGCGGUAUAAGGGGAGCAGUGUGACGGAUGCAGCCCUUUACUGGACAGACAUGAGAUAGCGGAGUGACAGAGGUCCAGCCUCAGAAUAGAGACACGUUUUGUCCCGAGGCGAGAUGAUGAACCCUUUCUGGAAUAUGUCGUCCUCUGCGGUACGAAAGAGACCAGACAAUGAGGAGAAGAUUGGAAGGGACGAACCAAAGAUCAGCCCCCCUCGGUCCUCAUCUGGCAAAAAACAGCUGCCUUCAAUACCCAAGAACGCAGUCCCUAUUACCAAGCCCAUCUCGCCAGCCCCUUCUGUGCAGUCCACCAACGGAACCCACGCAUCUUACGGCCCUUUCUACUUGGAGUAUUCUCUUCUUGCGGAGUUCACUCUGGUGGUGAAGCAGAAGUUGCCGGGAGUCUAUAUACAGCCAUCAUAUCGCUCCGCUCUCAUGUGGUUUGGGGUCAUAUUUAUAAGACACGGCCUAUACCAGGAUGGCGUAUUUAAAUUCACUGUGUACAUCCCUGACAACUAUCCAGACGGAGAGUGUCCGCGCCUUGUCUUUGACAUCCCCGUCUUCCACCCUCUUGUCGAUCCGGUAUCGGGGGAGCUGGAUGUGAAAAGAGCAUUUGCUAAGUGGAGGAGAAACCACAACCAUAUAUGGCAGGUGCUGAUGUACGCACGGCGGAUCUUCUACAAAAUAGACACCGUCAGCCCCUUAAACCCAGAAGCUGCAGUACUAUAUGAAAAGGACGUCCAGCUGUUUAAGAGCAAAGUGGUAGACAGUGUUAAACUAUGCAAUAGCCACUUAUUCAAUCAGCCGAAAAUAGAGGAUCCCUAUGCAAUUACGUUUUCACCCUGGAAUCCAGCAUUACAUGAAGAAGCCAGAGAAAAAAUGUUGGCACCAAAAAAGAAAUCUGAAGAGCAGUAUAAAACUCUCCACGUGUCUGGCUUGUCCUGGGUGAAACCUGGAUCCGUGCUGCCGUUUAGCAAAGAGGAGAAUGCUCUGCAGACCUAGUGCCACAAGUCACAGGUGGACUCUUAAGAAUCUUUUCAAUUAUGGCAUUGACUGUGUGGAUGAAGAUGGGAGGACCGUAUUCGCUCUCUGGCAAGAUCAGGCUUUUAAUUUUAUUUUAUGAAUCUCCGACAUGCAUUAGGAUUUUUAACUCCGUCUGGAAACUCAGUGUUUUAUUUAAUUUUUGUUUUUAGUGGGAUAUUUUUUUUAAAUUUUGUGCUUUUUUAUUUUUUUUUUUAUUUUUAAAUCCUUUUUAAAUCCCCUGUUUUGGGGUAACGGAGAAUUUGGGAGAAGCUGAAUAUAUUUGCAGAGAAGUGGUCUUCAGUCCGGGACCCCAGAAAUUGCUUGCACGCUUCAGCUUUUCUGCAGAGCUUUUGGCAAUGGGGCGACGAGAACCCCAUCCUCCCUGAUAGAAUGUACCGGUUGGGGUUUUCAGGUUGCUGGAUCGGACUGUGGCUCUUUGUGGACGGAAGAUUAAAAAAGGGGUCGUAACUAGGUUCGAUGAACACUACAUUACUUUUAACUGCGAUCUGUAGUAUAUUGGUUUUAAAAUGCCUUUUCUUUUGUUGUGUAAAUACAGUUUAGAAUAUUAAAAUUGUAAAUAUUGUGUUUGGUAAAUCCACAUCUAGCACUUUUGAGGGGGGUGAUUGGAAGUUUGGAAACCUAAAUUGUAUCCGUGUCCCACACAGCGGUGGCAGCUAUUGUGUUGAUUGAACCAAUGGUUGCCUGCCGAUACGUUGGUAUCUAGCGACCGGAUCGGCUGUGUCCUCAUUGGUUCAGCCCACGUUAUGGCCGCUUCCACCGUGUAUAGGCCUUGGGUACACUUUAGAUGAAGUGGGUAGGAAACACUGCAGCGCGGACCGCUCACGGCACCUGCAGUGAUGUCACACAAACACGCAUCAGUCCUGGUGAGUAUCUGUCACCUGCACAAACGGGGGAUUUCUCUUUUUUGGUUAAAAAUCACUUGUGUUCAAAUUGUGUUUCAUUUGACCUCAUUCAAUAAAUGGAUACGUUCGAUGCCAUUACUGCUUGCUUACCUAACAAAGACCUUUUGAUACAGAGACCUGUGCGUGUUUUGCAAGUGAGACAGAGAAGGAAUCCAGUGGUCCAAUAAGGUUUUAACUGGUCUAUCUCUCCAGGAUAAACGUCAUUGCAGUGCACGUUUUAUAGCUUGGGUACUGUCUGUACUGUCCCAUUGGUGUAAUCGUCUGUGUCUGAGGUUGUUUUUGCCAAGAAACCUCUCUAUCUGUAGAUAAUGUGGGUAUAAGGCACUAGCUCCUGUCCUGUGACAGCUGCCAAACUGUAACCACACCAGACUGUAAGAGUCCUGCAUUUCCUUGGCUGUAAACAAUACCUGUAUAAAUAUACUGCACAUAUUAAUUUGUAGCCACUGUAGUUUUGGCCUGACUGUUGCCCAGUUGUGUAUCUUAGAUUUAGGCCAACAUGUGUUGCCUAUACCAAACUCCUUGGCUUGGGUGCUGCACUAAUUAAAUAUUCCCACCCCUCCUCCAUAUUCAGAUGAUUAACUUUUAUGGGGGUAAAUUUACUAAGGUGGGAGGUUUUUUUUUGUUUUUUGUUUUUUUUAGAACUGGUGAUGUUGCCCAUAGAAUCUGAUGGGUUGCUGUCUAUUAUCGUCUAAAAGCAGCUAGAUAAAUGUUGAAGGGCCCUACACACUUUGCGAUAUUGAAGGAUGAUAUGAACGAUAUCAUUCAAAAAAGAACAAUAAAUCGUUCAGUGUGGAGGCAUGAACGAUGCACCUCGUCGCAGUCGAUCAUCGUUAAUUCAUGCAAGCCAAUUUGGACGAUAUGGAUGUAAUAGGGAGGCCAAUCCCGGGAUCGGCGGGAUCCUGGGAUUUAGGCCCAAAAAUACCGGGAUUUGAAUACCGGGAUUGGAGCCUCCAAUCCCGGGAUUGCAUUGCGCAUGUGCAACGCAGCAGCGAGGGAGGGUUGGUGUAACUAACACUUACUAUUAGGCGGGCGGCAGUAUUGGGCGGGCGGCAGCCAUGUACACAGACCGCGGCGGCAUUUCAAAUGUAGCGCCGGCCGCCAGCCAAUCAGGGAAGCGGCCGCAGCGGCUCCUGAUUGGCUGCCGGACUGCCCGUUCUGACUGGCUGACGGCUAGCACUACAAUUUGAAAGUCCUCCGGCGCGCUCAGCGCGUCUUGUCCAUGGCUGCCGCCUGCCACCCGUCUAAUAGUAAGUGUAGUUUUACUGACACCAACCCUCCCUCACUGUGGUGCUCGCUUCAGCCUCCCUCCCGCUCCGCUUCCUACACCCUCCAGCGCUGCUCCCUAGUCCCUACACUACACCCACCAGCGCUGCUCCCUAGUCCCUACACUACACCCACCAGCGCUGCUCCCUAGUCCCUACACUACACCCACCAGCGCUGCUCCCUAGUCCCUACACUACACCCACCAGCGCUGCUCCCUAGUCCCUACACUACACCCACCCUCCAGCGCUGCUCCCUACAGCCUCCGUGCUCCCUACACUCUUUUCCACUGCCCUCCACUCCCACUCUCCCUGCUCCCUACUGCAAUCCCGGGAAUCCCGGGAUUGAGCGUUUUUCAAUCCCGAAUCCCGGGAUUAAAAAAAACGGCCCGGGAUUGGCCUCCCUAGGAUGUAAUGUCAUAUAGUCCAAAUCAGCCAUAAAAAUCUGUCAGUGUGUAUGUAUAAAAAUCGUUGGCCAAUGAUAAUAUCGUUAAUCGCCAAGUGUGUAGGGCCUUUAAGUAGAAUCUGGUUGCUUUUGAGCAACAUCACCAAUUCUAAAAAAAAAAAAAUCCCACCUUAGUAGAUUCACCCCAUGGUGUCCUUUCUCCCAUACGGAUCUCUGGAUGCAGUCAUAGCCAUAGCAUGGCGGAAUUGAUGCCUAGACUGCUUCUCCUGAUGAUGCCAGUUCUUGCUGAAAAGAACAGAGGAAUCGAAAAGAAACCAAUUUCUAACUUUCAGAUAAACACUUUUUUUUUCUUUUAAUUUAUGUUUUCUCCCCACGUUUGAAAUUUAUGUAAGAGAAUGUUGGUAAAACGACAGCGCUGAGAUCACAAUCCUACCUUACAUAGAUACGAUACAUGGAAAAAAAUUGGAGCAUUCAGAACUUCAGCAAUUUCUUCUAAUGCCUUUUAUGGUUUGGUUUUAGAUGAAUAUUAGCAUAAGCAGUAAUAAAGCAUACUUAUGGAUAUUAUGGAGUCUAGUUCAUGGCUGGGCUACUGGUGGUUUCCCAGCUACUGGGUAGUGACCUCUCAGCUGGAAACAAGACAAUUGCUGCAGAGCCACAGAUGCCUAAUCCUGGACUAGAGUAAGCUAUUUGCCACAAGUGAUUUUUAACGUCACGCCUGCGAUAAUGGGAGACAUUGGCUAAUAUCUGCUGGUAAAGGAAUGAAAGCUCGCACUGAGGCGACUGGAAUUCGGUUGGAGACCUUUAGGACCUGAUGUAAUAGUCUGCAAGAUAUGGGAGGUUUUGCCUUUUUAAAUUAUUUUCCUCUGUAAAAAUAAGGGCAGCCUCACUGACUUUUACAUAUGGCCCUUUAGGCUUCAAAGAAUAGUACAGUAUUAGACAGUAAAUCUAAUGGUCUGGACUCUUACAGAGGUUUGGGUUGGACUAACCUAAAUUGUGACUUAGGAAGUCGCAUCGGUGCUAGAGAUGGAUUAAAUGAGGAGAAUGUACCACUGACAAUAAACUGCUGUUUACAAAUAGUGUAUGCUAAAAUAUAUUUCUUCAAUGCAUUAAGAAGCGGAAACCGUUGCAUCUAACAAUAAAUAUGUACAAUAUACUGUUUUCACCAUCUCUUAACGGUAAA